AUGGCGAGUAACAGAAAGCGUGAGAACCAAGCGAAUAGUUUAAGGCUUGAUCACCAGAUAGCAGGUCUUUGUGUAGUCCAAACCUGGUUAUUAAGUAAAGCCCUUGGCCACAAGGCGUGCCUGGUGGCGUUUGAGCUUAAAAACCUACUUUGUUUCAACAUGAUUCAUGGAAGGAUGUGUCUCAACCAAAACGAUCAUCGAAACGGUAUUCAAAACUUUGUCUAUGAGGGUUCACCAACCCCGAUUACAACAUUCCUUUCUAUUGUGCCUAAUAUAUCUAUUUUUGCUAAUAUUUCACAUGUUUCUAUUUAUGGUUCCUAUGAAGCUACACAGGAACAAAUAUUCUGUUACUAUAGCAUUGCUUCAAAGAUCUUAGGAGCAUUGGCCGCCAAGACCCAAAUGAAAGUAAAAAGACUUCCAGAUUAUAGUUCAAUUGGACAUGUAGGUUAUUUUGGUACUGGUUUCUCAUGUGGAACAAUAUUUUUUAAUCCAAGUUCACUCUAA